CAUUGCUGCUGCACCAAACCGCAACACGGAGCUCCAAUUGCAGACGUGUGAAGGAGGAGGAUGUCUGUCUACGACGUUGCGAAGUGACCAACAACAAGGUGUCGAGUCAAUAACGAACACGUGUGCUUCUCCUCUGGGUGGCAUGCUCAUGCUUCACCUGUAGGAACUUUGUUUCGUUUGGUCCCCCAAUUAUGGCUAAUCUUCGGCGGCGCGGUCGGCAGCUCCUGAGGCUGGGCCUGCUGCUCUUCAACACGACUGCCGUCAUUUGCAUUUUCCUGACCAAGCAGAUAGUCAGGGACGACCUUGCAAAGCCGAGCUAUCACCUCAAUGAAAAUGCAGAUUACUUGGCAGAUUUCGGACCGCUGUGCAAGGGCCCAGCAUUGAAGUCCAGUGAGUCGGCAAACGACUGCUUCGCUUUCGGCCUCGCCACUGCGCCCGCCCAUGUGGAGGACCAGCUGGACGACAGCUGGCUCGACUUUGCCAAAGCGACCAAACCCGGGGUUGACCCCGACACCAACCUGCCUAACCCGCUCAACGUCCCCGCUUGGCACAACGUGCCCUUCCCAGAGCAGCGUGUGCGCUUUUGGAGCGAUGCUGAGACAGAAAUCAGGUUAGCGGCAGAGGCGGGGGUUAAGGAGUACCGUCUGGGGGUGGACUGGGGGAGGCUGGUUCCGACAGAACCCAUCGAAGGAACAGUGAAUAUGCUUGACCGGCAAGCCCUGGAGCACUACCGGGGCAUCCUGGAGCGGGUUAGGGCGCAUGGCAUGCGGGUUAUGCUAACCUUGUUCCACCACUCGAUGCCAAAGUGGGCAAUCCCAUACGGUGGCUGGACGGACAAGAGGACAAUCAAGUACUUCGUGGAAUUCAGCGUGGUGGUUCACCGCGAAUUGGGCGACCUCGUAGACCGCUACGUCCUCUUCAACGAGGCCCAAAUCUUUGCGACGCUCUCGUACUGCACCGGCAACUGGCCCCCGGGGCGCAGCCCCACUUUCCGGCCGUCUCUCCUGCAGACUGUCUUGUGCGGCGUUCCUAAGUUUGGCCGGCUGUUCGGGGCCGUCGAUCACAUGAUCCAGGCGCAUCGUGAGGCGUACGAUGCGAUGCACGGGAUGUCGAGCGAGAAAAAGCCAGUGAUUGGCAUCGCCCACUUCACGGCGGUGAUGCGGCCGUGGGGCCUGUUCGACGCGCCGCUCGCCAAGCUGGGGCAGUACGUGAACCGCUGGUACAUACCGGACCGCCUGCGCGGCAAGCUUGACUUCAUCGGCCUCAACUACUACGGACAGGAGAUUGUGUCAGGGACCGGGCCGUUCAUCGCCCCAGGCAUCGAGUUUAGCGACUCCGGCCGGGCAAUAUACCCGGACGGCCUGUACCAUACGCUAUGGUCCUUCCACCAGCGGUAUAACACGCCCGAGAAGACGAACGUCCGUUUUGUGAUAACGGAGAACGGCAUAGCCGAUGAUAAGGACGUGUUGCGGCCCGCUUAUCUCGUGGAGCAUUUGCUGGCCGUGUUUGCGGCCAAAGCGGAGGGCGUCCCCGUGGACGGCUACUUUCACUGGACGCUUUCGGACAACUGGGAGUGGUCCGACGGCUACUGUCCGAAGUUUGGGUUGGUCCGCGUCGACCGCGCCAACGACUUCAAGCGGCUGCCGCGGCCGUCGUACGACCUCUUCAGAAAGAUCGCGCAGACGGGCCGGAUCAGCCACGAGCAGCGCGGCCGCGCGUGGGAGCACCUGCGCGCGGCGGUGGAGCGGAACAAGACGCACCCAUUCUGCCGGGCGGUGGGGCCCACCGGGAACGUCUUUGCGGAGUCGUUGCACGAGCCGGUUCCGCGGCGUCUUGUUGACCGAGAGUGGCGGUUCGACAAGUAUGAGCCGGACGGCCUCCACGACUUUUUGAGCGUGUUGUCGCGGAAGGCGUACACCGUGUUUGUAGAGCUGAAGGAGCAAGCAUCUGAGUUGAUCGCAAAAGUGAAGAGCUUUUCCGGAAGUAGGAACGAGUUGUAGGCGCGCAGAUCUGUUGUCACGAAUUCAAUCGGCUUAUGUUGCAUUGACCGAUGAACGAUGCAUUUCUACCUUG